CAAGCUUAUUUGACACUAACGUCACUUCAAUGGAUCAUGUAUUUAUGCUUGACGAAAACUAAUAUUUGACUUGAACUACUGUAGCAUACUUGAGCACCAUUUUGUGCUUUGAGACCGUUUAUAAAAGUGUGUUUUGUAGUACACCCACAUGAUGACCUAAAUUGUCUUGAGCCUGGGUUGGGAAGAGCAGCUGGUUUCUCUCCACAGUCGCCCACUCUCCUCGGCCUCACCUCAUCCAUCCUGCUGGCUGAGCCUCGCCGCCCUCCCCUGACCCUGGGGGUUGUUGGUCUGAGCUAGUGUUUACACGGAGACAGGAGCACUGGUAAACACAGCUUCAAGGAGCGCAGGUGUCUGAUGAUGCAGACUGAUUCAUCAGCUGAGAGAGAUUUUAAGACAGGCAAAAAGCAACUCUGAGGAGAGAAUGACCAGCAGCUAGACUGUGCCCUGGACCUGAUGAGGCGUCUGCCUCCUCAGCAGAUUGAGAAGAACCUCAGCGACCUCAUUGACCUGGUGCCCAGUCUGUGUGAGGAUCUCCUCUCUUCUGUGGACCAGCCCCUGAAGAUUGCCCGGGACAAAGUGGUGGGGAAAGACUAUCUGCUCUGUGAUUACAACCGAGACGGCGACUCCUACAGAUCCCCGUGGAGUAAUAAGUAUGAACCUCCCAUUGAAGAUGGUGCAAUGCCUUCAGCCCGCCUGAGGAAACUCGAGGUCGAAGCCAAUAACGCCUUCGACCAGUACAGAGACCUGUACUUUGAGGGUGGUGUGUCCUCUGUUUACCUCUGGGACUUGGAUCAUGGCUUCGCUGGAGUUAUUCUCAUCAAGAAGGCCGGGGACGGAUCCAAGAAGAUCAAAGGGUGCUGGGACUCCAUCCAUGUGGUGGAGGUGCAGGAAAAGUCCAGCGGUCGUACUGCUCACUACAAACUCACUUCCACCGUCAUGCUGUGGCUCCAGACUACCAAGACCGGCUCUGGCACCAUGAACCUGGGUGGCAGCCUUACAAGACAGAUGGAAAAAGAUGAGACAGUUGGAGAGUCCUCACCCCACAUCGCCAACAUUGGCCGCCUUGUCGAAGAUAUGGAGAACAAGAUUCGCUCCACACUGAAUGAAAUCUACUUUGGGAAGACCAAGGACAUCGUCAACGGCCUCAGAUCUAUUGAGUCUUUGCCCGAUAACCAAAAGUACCGGCAGCUCCAGAAGGAGCUGUCGCAGGUCCUCACUCAGCGUCAGAUCUUCAUUGACUAGGGUCAGAGGAGUGUUCAGACUCUGGCUGACAAGUCAAAGCAGGAGGCUCUGAAGGUCGACCUGAUGGAGGCACUCAAACGCAAACACAACAGCUAGAGUUGCUACUGUUUUAGUUUUUUUUUUCCUGUCUCACUCUCUCCGCCUCAUCUCCGCCAUCUUUUCUCUGUUUCUUUACGUCUCUCCCUCCACGCCUGUUUCAGUGCUGCACUCUUGUUUAUUUGUGGAAAAACAAAAAAGGAGAAAAUGCUUAGCUUUUUAUUUGUUGCUUUCUUUCUGUCUGGUUUUGUUUUCAUGCAUCUCAUCUGCCAUGAAGCCAUUCCCUCACACCCCCCCCUGUCUCUUCACCCCUCUCCGCUCUCCCAUGUUAUGAAUAUAAUGAUAGUAUUACCACGGUUAAUGAUAAUCUUACAGUGUGAGGGUCAUUGUUGUAGUAACCCCUGAUGUUCUCACAGCUGUCCUCGGGUCAGUUUAAAACGAGCGAUUUUGGCCCGCCUCUUCUUCCGUGUCGAGGAAACAGACACAGACUGUGUUGUCGGCGGUGUAGGCUCGACGGGGCUGUCAUUAUUAUGUACAUCAAAAUUAUUUGGAGCACCUACUUUUGUCUACAACACCCCCUUGAUAUAUUUGUAUAAAAUUAUUACUGUUGGCGUAUAACUGUCAUUCUUCUUGGUAAACAGUGUGAACAUGAGGGCGGCCUUCGGUUUGUGUUGGAAGGUUUUUACUGUUUAUCCCACUCAUGCAUGUGAGCCUGUGUGAUGCUGCAGUGAGUGGACAUGUAGACGUAUCAAACAUGGGGAAGGACUGUUAUAAUCACCGGGUGAUUACACCCACAUCAACCCAACCCUCCCUACACUGUGUAUAACAUGACCAUCUGCCUCCCCUCUGUUCAGCUUAUUCAGCUCUUCUCUCCUCACCUACUAUGUCUUUGUUGGGGGUCACAGUUUGUCUUUGUCUCAGUGGAAACCUUUGACUGUUUCCAUUUUGGAGGGGAAUCUUUUUUUUGUUGUAUUUUUGUUUUUGUUUUUAUUUUGUAAAGCUUAUGAUUCAUAUUGUAUUAGAGCCUCCAGCAACAAUAAAAACUGUAAAAAGCUA